UUCAGUAAGGUUGAGCUGCAGGUUGUGCGACUUGCGUGGCUUGGGCGUAACGGUAGGCUGUGUUACUUGUGUGUGUGGCUACAUAACCAGUUUUCUUCCUGUAAAAUUGGUCAGACAUAACAGCAGAACAAAAGCAUACCGCAGUGCUUGUUGCUGCAGGCAAAUGUGAUAUAUACCUAUCUUGUACUCAAGUGAUAUUUUAUUUUUAUUUGUGUAACUCCUAGUACAGAAACAAAAUAAGAGUCUGAGAACCAUGAGCCCGCCUACUACAUCAAGCCCUACAGACUCACCAGGAAAGCCCACGUGCAAGGUGACAUCGGGGGAGAUGGUACGACCCGAUCUGCCCAGUCGCUGUACCUGGCAGCUAGGGAUGGAUCGCAGAAAAUCCCCGCACACGCACACCGGCACACCAAAGCUUGAUGUGGUAGAGAUUAUGCCAAACAUACUUUCUGCUGUUGGAGGUACACCUAUGGUUCGAUUGAAUAACAUUCCAAAGUCUUUUGGCCUGAAGUGUGAGAUGCUGGUCAAAUGUGAGUUCUUUAAUCCUGGAGGAAGUGUGAAGGACCGCAUUGCAGUCAGAAUGGUGGAAGAUGCUGAAAAGAAAGGAAUCUUGAAGCCUGGAGAUGUUUUGAUUGAACCCACUUCAGGGAACACAGGUCUGGGUUUGGCAAUGGCUGCUGCUGUGAAAGGGUACCGUUGCAUCAUGGUCAUGCCAGAGAAGAUGUCCAAUGAGAAAGUAAAUGUGAUGCGAGCCCUUGGAGCUGAGAUAGUUCGCACACCCACCUCAGCUUCCUUUGAUUCUCCUGAAGGACUUAUCAUGGUUGCACAGCGCCUCAACAAGGAGAUCCCAAAUUCUGUCAUCUUAGAUCAGUAUCGUAAUGAGGGCAACCCCUUGGCUCAUUAUGACUCAACAGCUGAGGAAAUCCUGAUGCAGUGUAAUAACCACGUGGAUAUGCUGGUAUGUGCUGCUGGUACAGGUGGCACCAUCACUGGUCUUGGUCGUAAAAUGAAAGAAAAUUGCCCCAGCUGCAAGAUUGUGGGUGUCGACCCUGAAGGCUCCAUUCUUGCUCAGCCAGAGGAGCUUAAUAAAACAGAUGUCUCAUUCUAUGAGGUGGAAGGGAUCGGAUACGAUUUUGUACCAACAGUACUGGAUCGUUCUGUUGUGGAUGUAUGGGCAAAAUCCAAUGACAAGGAAUCUCUGUUGAUGGCAAGGAGACUUAUAAGAGAGGAAGGAUUGUUGUGUGGUGGGAGCAGUGGUGCUACUGUGUCAGUGGCCUUGAAGAUGGCAGCUAGCCUGCAAGAAGGACAGUGUUGUGUUGUAAUUCUGCCUGAUGGAUUGCGUAACUACAUGACCAAGUUCCUCAGUGAUCACUGGAUGAUGGAACGUGACUUCAUUGAAGAUACUGACCUGAAUAAUCUCUGGUGGAGCAAGUUGCAGGUUUCUUGUCUCAACUUAGUAGCUCCGCUUUCAGUGAUACCAUCUGUCACUUGCCAAGAAGCUGUUGAUUUAAUGAGGAAGGAAGGUUCUAAUCAGCUCCCUGUAGUUGAUAUUGAAGGGAUUUUUCAAGGAAUGGUGACAUUAGGCAACUUGAUAUCGCAAAUGGUGAACAGUAAAAUUAUGCCAACAGAUCCAGUGGAAAAAGCCCUCUAUCAGCAAUUUCGAAAGAUAAAAUUAAAUGCAACACUGGGACAACUUUCACGAAUCCUGGAGAAGGAUCAGUUUGUGGUGGUUGUUGAACCUCGAAAAGUCGGUAAGUGUACCAGCCAAGAUGCCAUGGAGUGCCGUGACUUCAUUGUUAGUAUUGUGACCCCCAUUGACCUCCUCACUUACAUCACAAACAUGGAGAAUGCAGAAAAGGUUGUGAAAUGACAGAAUGGUUCAAUGCACAGACGUGAUCAUGAGUAAAAUUCUACUGUACAGCUCUGUCGGACAGGUGUGUUCCCAGUGCAUUCAUGCAGUCAACAGGGGAGUAUGAAUAUCAUCCAGUACUUCUACUGGAUGAUUUUCGUUUAGUACAUUACAAUGUUAUCAGACCAGUUACUAUAAAUGUUCUGUACACUGUGAUUCAUUAUGUUGAAGAGUGUCAGGGAACACUUAAUUUUAUUAUUUUAUAGUCCACAAAUAAAUAACUUGCAGAUCAAGGUUUCACAGUGUGAGGGGCAUCCUUAUACUGAGUAAAAUACGCCAUCCACGAGAGAAAAAAGGUAUACUCCAGCCAAAAGGUAACAAACAGCUGACUGCAUCUUGUCACAUUGGAGUAAUGGAAACACACAAGAAUAGCUGCAACAAUCAAAAACAAAUUAUGACAUGGCAUUGCUCCAUGCUUUCAUUUCAAGUGCAGCUGUGUGAUUGUUACCAGACAACUGAUAACCUUAGCAAUAUAUAUACAGUUGCGUAUACACAAACAUAAGAGUUCAUUUCUUAAUACUUCAAUUAUAAUUCUUUUCAGCACACUAUUUUGUUUCUUAAAUAUUUUGUUGCAUUACUGCUGAGAGAUCUUAUGUAAUGAAAAGAAUCUGUACAUGUAAUUAUUCGGAUGUUUAAUAUUUAUGAAUCAUUCUUUCUGCAAUAAUGUUUAAAAAAAAUUUAGAGCUUCAUUUUUAUCAUGGCUUAGGGCAUCAUGGCAUUUCAACUGGCAUUGUUCCUUGUUGGAAAUAUGCAAAUGAAAACAAGGUAUUUAUAUAGUGCCCAGUCACACUGUGUUUAGUGGACUGAAUCACUGUUUGCUGUGUUGGAUUUCUUGUUUCUUCCCAGUGUUCUGUCCAUAAUGUGCUGUUGUAAUUUGUGAUUAAUUCACUUUAACAAGUAACUGAAUUGCUACUGCACAAAGAACAUAAAAAAAUAUAUGAUGGAACAGAUCUUACAAUAAAGUCUACUUCAAGUAUUUCAACAGAUCUGUACACUCUUCUAUACAGUUCUCUUUUCCGUUGAUGGUUUAAAAUUUUCUGCUCAUACGUUCACAGAUGAGAGAGCAAUUCUCUUCAGAUGAAUUCCAGACGUACAUUACAAAACAAAUUUAUGUGGACAAAAUUUGAAUGUGAGAUUCAGUUUCUCAUGAUUGUGAAUGUGAAGAUUACUCUUUUGUGAGGUGUGACACCGUGCAGAUUGUUGGAUUAUCAGAAGCAUUGGAGGAAACUGCUGCCGCCAUAUACGCUGCAGAAUACAGAGUCAUUACAUUCCAAAAGAUGUUAUUCUUCAGGGAAUGAUAAAUAUUCAAGCUUACAUCUUUCUGCUAAAUUAGUAUUAACUUAUUGUCUCUGCUGAUUCAGUUUUCCAUUUAUUAGAGGUGUUCGUUUAUUUUCAUUCCAUAUUCUCUGAAGAUUUAUUCUUUCCUUCCAGUUAAUGCAGAUUCCAUUGUGGCAUGUUUUACUUUAUUUUGUUCAGUAUCCUGAUCUUAAAAUUUUUCAGUAUGAGAACUUAUACUUGAUUUUUUUACAGUUAAUAGUAUAUAACAUGUUACAUAUGAAUAAACAGACUUCUUGCUUUCUAUAUAUUAUUCCUUAUAAUAUGAAAGUUGAAUAUGUGUUUCUUUUGAGAUAAUUUAUACUUGUUAAUAUUGACAAACCAUCAGUUUAUAAAUUUGUUCCAAUGGAAGUGUGGGAGAAGGUGGGUACAAAAUAUAUUUGAGCAGCUAUUUGUUAUUGUUAAUGUUACAGGGAUGAAAUUGUGCAUAUACUUUAAACUUGUGAUUUCUUCUCCAUUUUUCAAUAAAAAUAAAAAAAUAAAUGAUUUUAUUGGAA